GCCAGUAAGAUAUUUGAAUAAAUUGCUAGGACGACAUAUAAUGAGAUCGAAUAAACCAUAGUGAGAUGAGACAAGAAGAGAAGAGAGAAAUAGAGGAGCCGGAGGGAGAUAUGUGUGGGGUAGUAGAGGGCAGGAAAAGCGCGCAUUGAUUAGCUGCAUCACCACCACGCACAUGACAAUACUGAAUCGUGGGGAAUAAAAGGGUGAUCUAUCCUACCUAACUCUGCAUAUCGCUCACCAUCCUCUGCUCUGUUACAAGCUGUUCCAAAAUGAAUCCUGCAGCUAUUGCAAAGGGACUCAUCACGUUCGCGAACCUUGAAUUGUAUAACAAAGCUUGCAUCACGUUUCCCCCACCUCCAGAUUAUGUACUGCCAAAGGAGGACAUUGCUAUCCAAGUUUUGGAGAAUGUGCUCAACAAGGUAGUUUUCGUCGGCGAAGAGUACAGCACUGUUUUUGUCAACUCCCAGAUCCCCCCGCACGAGAACUCCAGCUGGCAGGCCGAUCUAGCUAUCAACUAUCUGACGGAAGAGCGAAAACUCCGGAUCUUAUGCUUCAUCGAGGGUAAACGUACCUCGAGACGUCAGAGUUAUAUCACGAAGGCGGUUGAGGAAGAAGCUCUAGACUAUUGCAAAGAGUUUCUUGUGGGCAAUGCAACGAGUGCCAGUUUUGUAUAUGCCGGUACACUUGUUGGUGUGCAUUUACGGUUAUGGAUUGUCCACCGUGAAGACAUGAGCCUUACGCCCUUGUGGGGGUCUCCAUAUCUGGGAAGCAACGAGGAUUACAGGGAUCUGGGCGUUGAUUCGCAUGGACAGGAAAUCCUAGAGGCCUUUCAUGUGAUGAUCCGUGUCGCACCGCAGCCGUGGUUUGGAUCUAGUAAAACUGGAGUGAUACCAUCAUAUAGAGUGGGGGCCAUUCAAUUACCAAGGAUCGAUCGGCCGGACAUCUCUCCACAGUCCGCGCCUCUCCUGCCCAGCGUCUCAGUUGAUCCUGGAAUCCCAGGGCCUCCAGCUGGCUAUGUGAGAGUAACCAAGUUCCUGAUGACUACCGACAGCUAUGCAUGGAUGACUUCCCUAGGGACAACCAGCUCUGGUAGAGCUAGCGAGUGGGCGGUCGAGCGGGGGUACCUCCUAAACCAAGCAAGACACCUUUAUGCUGAUAGCGCGACGGAGAAUGUCCCUAUCGCACUGUGACAAGCAAAUUAUUCUUGAGCAUUCGGCGAGGGUCUGAAAGGCUGUAUUGUAGUGAUAUAUAGGCAAAAAAAUCUAGGACGAUGUCCUGUUAGAUGCGGG